UAUAUGUGUGCAUGAUUUUUUUGGGUAGUGUUACUGUUGCGUAGUUGAGAGAGAGUGAGUGAGAGAGGAGAGGAGAGGAGAGGAGAGGAGAGAAAAAAAACACAAUCUUUUCGUCUUUUAAUCUUUUAAUCUACAAAUCUUGAUUUUUUCACGAUUCAAAUGAUGGGGUUUUCAUAAAUUACUUCUUGAUUUUUACAUUAGGGUCUUUGAAAUCGUUAGGAAUGAUUCAAUUCUUUUUCAUUAGGGUUUAAAUUUGUUAAAAAAAAAUCUGGGUUUUUGAUAAAGAUCACUAUGGAGUUCUUCAAACUGCCAAUGGCUGGAAUGUGUUGUUCAAAAUCUGGAUCUUUCUUGAGCUUUGGGUUUGAACAAGUUAUGGCGGCGGUUGAAUUGCAUUCAUGGUAAAGAUUUCUUCAACCAUCAUCAUCUCCCCAGAGUGUGUGUUUUUCGGAAUCCGAUGAUCAUUUUGAGGUAAACUUUUUAAAUUUUCUUACAUCAAAUUCUUUGAUUCUUUUCAAUUGCUCAUACACAUUUCACAUUCAUAUUCUUUAUUGCACAUACAUUCAUACGUUUUUAUUCAAUUCAUUGGAUUCCAUUUUUAAAAACCCUUUCUUUGUUUCUUUUAACUACACACACUCUCUCAUUUUCUUGAUUUCUUUUCACAAACAUUUAUAAUUUGACUGAAUUUGAUUUAUACAUAUCUAUAUAUUUACAUUUAUAUACACGAGAGCGAAAGUGAAGAACUUUGGAAGGUUUUAAAGAAUGUUGGCUGGGUGUUCUUCUUCUACAUUUAGUAACUUCCCUUCAAUGAGCACACAAAGAUUGGAUUUGCCAUGCAAUACUAACUUCCCUCGUAAAGAAUCAACAAGAUCGCAGCCAGUUAUUAGACCUGUGGGCCCUAUAUCACUCGACAACAACAACAACAACAACAACACAAUAGAAGCAAGAACAACCAACUGUUCACUUAAGCACACUGUGGUAGAAAAAAAGAACGAUAUCUGGGAUAACAGAAACAAAGGGUUAAAAAGACUUUACCAAGAUGAACAAGAUGAAUCUUUUCGAGCUAAGAGGAAAAGGGGUUGCAGUAAAGUCGAAGAAUUUGGUGAAAAUGAAGAUAAUUUUUGGUUCAGCAAACAGGGGUUCGUUCUUGAUCAUUCUGCUACUUCACUUCCAUGGAGUUUUGUGAAUGAAUUAGCGGAUUUAGGUGAAAGGGGAGUUUCUUCAGGAAGCCAUAGACAGAGGGUUGUGAAUGAAACGUCAUCGGGGUCGGGAUCGGGAUCGAGGAGCAGUUCGCCGGAAAGUCAUCGGAGUUUGGAUGUAGGAGGUACGAACGGCGUAGGUGCACCAAACCCUAAUCAAAGUUUGGAUUUAUUAGCGAUUGGGAACACGAACCAUGAUGAAGAAGUUGGAUUUGAGCUUAUAAGUUUGCUUUUAGCUUGUUUGGAAGCAAUCGGUGUUAAGAACAUAGCUGCAAUUAACCAUUUCAUUUCAAAAUUAGGCGAAUUAGCGUCUCCGAGAGGCGAUUCUUCAAUCUCCAGACUUGCUGCUUAUUACACAGAAGCUUUAGCUUUAAGGGUUUCGAGAAUUUGGCCGAAUAUUUUCCAGAUUUCUAUUCCUAGAGAGAUUAAUCAGGUCGAAGAAGAGAAUGGGACAGCUUUACGUCUCUUGAAUCAAGCAACCCCAAUUCCUAAAUUCAUCCAUUUCACGUCAAACGAGAUUCUGCUAAGAUCGUUUCAAGGGAAAGACAAAGUUCAUGUUAUAGAUUUUGACGUAAAGCAAGGUCUUCAAUGGCCGAGCUUUUUUCAGAGUUUAGCUUCCAUGAACAACCCCCCGAGCCACGUCAGAAUCACCGGCGUCGGAGAAUCCAAACAGGAUCUCAUCGAGACGGGAGCUCGGCUUUCCGGAUUCGCCGAGGCCUUAAACCUAGAAUUUGAAUUCCAUCCGGUUGUUGAUAGAUUAGAAGAUGUGAGACUGUGGAUGCUUCAUGUUAAAGAAGGCGAAACUGUAGCAGUAAAUUGCGUCUUACAGCUUCACAAAAUGCUGUACGACGCCACCGGCGGCGCUCUUAGAGACUUUUUCCGGCUAAUUCGAAGCACAAACCCUAGCGUUGUGGUGAUGGCGGAGCAAGAAUCCGAGCAUAACGACGCUGUUUUGGAAAAGAGAGUAUCGAAUUCAUUGAAGUAUUAUUCUGCUAUCUUUGACUGUAUCGAUUCUGUGUUUCCAUUACAAAGUCAUUCUCGGAUCAAAAUCGAAGAAUCCUUCGGACGUGAAAUCAGAAACAUAAUCGCGUGCGAAGGGCUUGAGAGAUUCGAGAGGCACGUUGGGUUUGAUCAGUGGUGGCGGUCGAUGGCGGAGCUCGGCGGAUUCAGAAGCGUGGAGAUCAGCGAGAGGGAGUUUCUACAGAGCCAAAUGAUACUGAAAAUGUAUGAUCAUCCAUUUGGUCCGAAUUCCUUCAAAGUGGAGAAGCAGCAGCAGAGGCGGGUGUCUGAUGGCGGUGCCACCGCCGGUGUUACUCUGAGCUGGUCUGAUCAGCCUCUUUACACCGUGUCGGCGUGGGUCCCGUCGGAUGUCGCCGGAAGUUCGUCGGCGUUUCAGCAAGCAGCAGCGUGAUGUUGAAGAAGAACAGUUAGGAGGUCAGAUUGUUGGGUAUAAAGUUAACAAUUCUUUGUAGGGGUAAAAAUGUCAUUUAGAUCAUUCUUUCAUUCAUUUGUUGCAGAUAGAAAUUUCAUAUUUGUUUAAAGAAAGAGUCAAUUUUUUUUAUAUAGACAUUUGAGGGUAGAGUAAUUUAUUUAAGGGUAGUUCUUGGAGUCAUUUUCUUUUUUUAUAUUGAUUAUUAUUCAAAGUGAUUUAUUUAUUCAAGGUGAUUUAUUUAUCCAA